GGCAAACAUUUGCACAGUGACAAAUUAAAGUCAACGCCUUCACAGCUAACCCGCUGGUCAAUGGUAUGUGGGAGGUCCUACAAACAUUGAUAGAAGAUAUCAAGCGCUUCGAAUCUCAAACGACUUAGCGAAGUUCUUGGCAGCCAGUCGUUGACCCUGCACUUGUUGUGCGCAAAAUUUAUGUACACAGCGGGGUGCUAACUUCAGAUUGCUACACUUGGCCCACAUUUUUUAUUUUUUUUUUUGCCAAGGUAAGCAAAUAAAGAGCAGGCACAUUUUCAAACCUAGAACAACAAAGCUGUUUCUAACACUUGAACCAGAAAUCGUCAAGCCCCACUACUAUAAAAGACGUCAGCAGGUUUUUACCGCACACAGUUUAUUUUAUUGAAUUUCUAACGAGGGUUACCGAAAAAUAUAUAAAAACUUUUACCAAAUCUACUCCGCAAUGUUGUUCCUGCUCGUCUUAGCCUGCUACGGCGCUUUCGCCUUAGAGCCAGCCGUUGCUAGCACGCGUAUUAUUGGAGGCCAGUUCGCGCUGCCUGGCCAAUUUCCGCAUCAGGUCUCGCUACAGCUACGUGGCCGCCAUCAUUGCGGUGGUUCACUCAUUUCGCCGACUAUGAUUGUUACCGCCGCCCAUUGCACCAUUAAUCAGAGCCCGUCACAAAUUCGCGUCAUCGUUGGCACUACAGAUCUGCUUGCUGGUAAUGGCAAGUCCUUCAACAUCGCCAAAUUCAUCAUCCAUCCGCAAUACAAUCCACAAACUCAGGAUUACGACCUUUCGCUUAUUCAGUUGACCGAAUCGGUGCCGUUGGGCGAUGAUAUCGGCACAAUUGAAUUGGCCGAUAUGGAAGCGAAUCACGCAGCGGACACGGUGGCCACUAUCAGCGGCUUUGGUGCCAUCAAUGGUAAUCUGGAGUUGCCCAAUCGCUUGAAGUAUGCUCGCGUACAGCUGUGGAGUCGCGACUUUUGCAAUUCGCAGAAUAUUCCGGGCAUUACGGAUCGUAUGGUUUGCGCGGGCCAUCCUAGUGGACAGGUAAGCGCCUGCCAAGGUGAUUCUGGUGGUCCACUGACUGUCGACAACAAACUCUUUGGCGUGGUUUCAUGGGGCUUCGGCUGUGGUGCACCGGGCAAACCUGCCAUGUACACUUACAUUGGUGCGCUACGCUCGUGGAUCAAACAGAACUCUGGCGUUUGAAGGGAGAGGCGUUUGAGAGAGGCUUUAAAUUCGCCCAUACAAAGAACAACAAUUUAAGUAUUAAAAAUGU